AUGGCUGCUGCUUUCUCCUCCACCUCCGUCGCUGCGCCGGUAAGUACUUCCACGGCGAGCAGCUUCCUCGUCGGGGGUAGUAACAAGAAGCUCACUAUCAGCAUCAGGAAGAAGAAGCAGCAGCAGGUGGUGAACAAGUACCAGCCGCAGGGCGGCAGGGGGCUCAUCGUCAGAGCCAUGGCGGUGAACAAGGAGGUGGACGAGACGAAGCAGACGGAGCAGGACAGGUGGAGGGGCCUGACCUACGACACGUCGGACGACCAGCAGGACAUCACCAGGGGGGAGGGCCGCGUGGACCCGCUGUUCCAGGCGCCCAUGGGGGACGGCACCCACGUCGCCGUGCUCAGCUCCUACGACUACAUCAGCCAGGGACUCAGGCAGUACAGCUUCGACAACACCAUGGAUGGCUACUACAUCGCGCCCGCAUUCAUGGACAAGCUCGUCGUCCACAUUGCCAAGAACUUCAUGACCCUGCCAAACAUCAAGGUGCCUCUGAUCCUGGGCAUCUGGGGAGGCAAGGGCCAAGGGAAGUCUUUCCAAUGUGAGCUUGUCUUCGCCAAGAUGGGCAUCAACCCCAUCGUGAUGAGCGCCGGCGAGCUGGAGAGCGGCAACGCCGGCGAGCCGGCGAAGCUGAUCCGUCAGCGCUACCGUGAGGCGGCGGACAUGAUAAAGAAGGGCAAGAUGUGCGUGCUGUUCAUCAACGACCUGGACGCCGGCGCGGGCCGGAUGGGCGGCACGACGCAGUACACGGUGAACAACCAGAUGGUGAACGCGACGCUGAUGAACAUCGCCGACAACCCCACCAACGUGCAGCUCCCGGGGAUGUACAAGAAGGAGGACAACCCCCGGGUGCCCAUCAUCGUCACCGGCAACGACUUCUCCACGCUGUACGCGCCGCUCAUCCGCGACGGCCGCAUGGAGAAGUUCUACUGGGCGCCCACCCGCGAGGACCGCGUCGGCGUCUGCAAGGGCAUCUUCCGCACCGACGGCGUCCCCGACGAGCACGUCGUCCAGCUCGUCGACGCCUUCCCGGGCCAGUCCAUCGACUUCUUCGGCGCCCUCCGCGCCAGGGUAUACGACGACGAGGUGCGACGGUGGGUGGCCGAGACAGGCGUCGAGAACAUCGCCCGGAGGCUCGUCAACUCCAAGGAGGGCCCGCCGACGUUCGAGCAGCCGAGGAUGACGCUGGAUAAGCUCAUGGAGUACGGCCGCAUGCUGGUGGAGGAGCAGGAGAACGUCAAGCGCGUGCAGCUGGCCGACAAGUACCUCACCGAGGCGGCCCUCGGCGACGCCAACGACGACGCCAUCACCAGGGGCGACUUGUACGGCAAGGCGGCGCAGCAGGUCCGCGUGCCCUUGCCGGAGGGGUGCACUGACCCCAAGGCCGGCAACUUUGACCCUGCCGCCAGAAGCGACGACGGCAGCUGCGCCUCCACCCCGAGCAGGAGCAGCUUCCUCGGGAAGAAGCUCAACAAGCAGCAGGUGUCUGCGGCGGCCGUGAACUACCAUGGCAAGAGCUCCAGCAGCGCCGCCAACAGGUUCAAGGUGAUGGCGGCCAAGGAGGUGGACGAGACGAAGCAGACGGACGGGGACAGAUGGAAGGGGCUGGCCUUCGACAUCUCGGACGACCAGCAGGACAUCACCAGGGGCAAGGGCAUGAUCGACUCCCUCUUCCAGGCGCCUAUGGGGGACGGCACCCACGUCGCCGUGCUCAGCUCCUACGACUACAUCAGCCAGGGCCAAAAGACUUACAGCUUCGACAACACCAUGGAUGGCUUCUACAUAGCCAGGGGCUUCAUGGACAAGCUCAUCGUCCACCUCUCCAAGAACUUCAUGAAGCUGCCGAACAUCAAGGUUCCCCUGAUCCUGGGUAUCUGGGGAGGCAAAGGUCAGGGGAAAUCCUUCCAAUGCGAGCUUGUCUUCGCCAAGAUGGGCAUCAUCCCCAUCAUGAUGAGCGCCGGAGAGCUGGAGAGCGGCAACGCUGGAGAGCCCGCCAAGCUCAUCAGGCAGCGGUACCGUGAGGCCGCCGACCUCAUCUCCAAGGGCAAGAUGUCCUGCCUCUUCAUCAACGAUCUCGACGCCGGCGCGGGUCGCAUGGGCGGCACCACCCAGUACACGGUGAACAACCAGAUGGUGAACGCCACCCUGAUGAACAUCGCCGACAACCCCACCAACGUGCAGCUCCCGGGAAUGUACAACAAGGUGGACAACGCCCGGGUGCCCAUCAUCGUCACCGGCAACGACUUCUCCACGCUGUACGCGCCGCUCAUCCGCGACGGCCGUAUGGAGAAGUUCUACUGGGCGCCCACCCGCGAGGACCGCAUCGGCGUGUGCAAGGGCAUCUUCCGCACCGACGGCAUCGACGAGGAGCACGUCGUCCAUCUGGUCGACACCUUCCCGGGUCAGUCCAUCGACUUCUUCGGCGCCCUGCGUGCCCGGGUGUACGACGACGAGGUGCGCCGGUGGGUGGCCGAGACCGGCGUCGAGAACAUCGCCAAGAAGCUCGUCAACUCCAAGGAGGGGCCGCCCACGUUAGAGCAGCCCAAGAUGACGAUCGAGAAGCUCUUGGAGUAUGGCCACAUGCUGGUGGCGGAGCAGGAGAAUGUCAAGCGUGUGCAGCUUGCUGACAAGUACCUCAACGAGGCUGCUCUUGGUGCAGCCAACGAGGACGCCAUGAAGACUGGCAACUUCUUCAAGUAG